ACCCCUCACGCGGCGUGCGCCUCGACAGUGUUCAAGAAAGAUGCUGCCGCUCGCUCGCGGCUGCUUUGCCCCAACUGCCAGCCAUUGGUCGAUAAACGCCGCUGACGUCAGUCCGACGACCACCAAUGCCUACCGCGCCGCCUUACAUAACGCGAGAGGAUGGGACCCGAGAGGGGCCCCGCGCGCCGCUCAGGGGAGGCCUCCGUCGGUGAGUCAGCUGGUGCGCCCGACCUCGACGUGACCCGAGGGGCGCACCACCCCUUCUCAAAGGGUUGACACGACAAGAGCCGGCUCCCGUGGGACCAACUUGGAAAAUAAGGGAUUCUCGGCUAGGGCACGCAGUGGAUUUCCAACCCGGAAGUCGAGGACACCCUCGAAGGCACUCAUGAUGCGCAUCUACGUACUACGGUCCGAGAGCUUCAGGAUUUGCCGCCUCGACUCCCAAUGCUACCGGACGGGGCAGCGGCUGGAAUCAUACAUCAACUUCGCGGCGGCGGGACAAAGUUUCUUCUUGACGGACUAUUUUCGAGCGCACCUCCGCAGCCUUCUACGAGACGCACAGGUCUUUUCUACUUCCAACCCGACUGCUCUCGAGUCCCUGUUGGACGAGACCCGAGAGGUGGUAGUCGCUCACCUGGCACGCAUCUCCUACUCCGCUCAGCUCCUUCUGACUCUGUUUGACACACUCGUAUCUGUCCUUGACGCGGGCCAACCCAACAUCGGCCGCAACCUCGCCCGUCAAUUCCUCGCCAGGCUCCAGACAUUCUGCGAAUUGUUGAGUCCGUACCUUGCCUUCCUCCAGGCCGAAUUGGACACAGCUCAAGCGGCAUUGCCUCCCGAUGUCCAGUUUUCCCCCCCCUCAUCGGAGGAUGAAUGGGAGCCCGACGAAUACGUGGCCACACUGCCCCUCUCGCCUCCGUCCUCCGAUCUCGAGGACUGGUGAAAUGUGUCCUGCUGUCCUGCCGUUCCGCCGUCCAGCCGCCGCUCCGCCGCCACAUCCCACCAUCAGACGUGACGCCGUUGUCCUUCGGCCGAAGACUAAACCAACGUGUAGGACACUCAGUGCGUCGAUUUAUCCCUUUUUGAUUUUUUGUUAAUUUGCAUUCUCUGUAUUUAACUUUAGUUCGGUGCUCUUAUUUCCUUCCUUAUUUUUGGUAAUUUAGUCUCCUUUUAUUACCCUGACGUCUCUCGCUCUCCAGUAUUUAAAUUUUGCUCGAAGUCCCUAAUUUUUUUUCUCUCUCUCCGUCUAUUUGACCAUCGCUAUUUUUUUAUUCCCUUUGUUAUUUUUUUUUUACUUUGCAUUUUAUUUUUACAUGGUCAACAUUCCUUUUUAUCUAAUUUUUUUUUAUUUUUAUUUAUUUCUUUAAUUUUUUCCGAAUUUAUUUUGUACUCAGGGCUGGACACCCUGUCGCACACCUCUUCCUUCCCGUCAAUGGAAUUUUUCCGUGUUCCCCUUUUUCUCGAAUUACGUUCUUUUCCGCUAUUCCUGUUUCGGUUGUGGUGCGGGCUCCAACCCCUUUUAUAUUCCGGCUAACACACCCCAAAACCCUUUCGAUCCAUAUGUUCGUUUUGGACUGAGGUCCUCUCGCUUUGUGCAAGGGCUCGUAAACGAGCGCGGCUGACCACCGCUGUGGGCUUCCUCUACCCACGACUUUGCUCCCCUUGGCACAAUUACGAGGGUCCGCCAGUCCAGUCGGAUAUCAAAAAUUUUGCUUAUACAAAAAAAAAAUUUUUUUUUUCCACAACACUAUUUACACAUUCGUCCCAAACAAAAUAAAACUAAAAUUUUAAAUUCCCCAAAUAAGCCGGGGGGAGGGGGUGGGUACCUCACCCCAACUAAUCGGUU